CCGUCCCGGCUACGUCAUGUGACCGCGUCGCCCAGCCCCUCAGCGCGGUGCCUCACGGUUCCGGGAAAAUGGCGAAGGUCUCAGAGUUGUACGAUGUCACCUGGGAAGAAAUGAGAGAUAAAAUGAGAAAAUGGAGAGAAGAAAACUCAAGAAAUAGUGAACAAAUUGUGGAAGUUGGAGAAGAAUUAAUUAAUGAGUAUGCAUCUAAGCUUGGAGAUGAUAUUUGGAUUAUAUAUGAGCAGGUGAUGAUUGCAGCCCUGGACUAUGGUCGGGAUGACCUGGCAUUGUUUUGUCUCCAGGAGUUGAGAAGACAGUUCCCUGGCAGCCACAGAGUCAAGCGAUUAACAGGCAUGAGAUUUGAAGCCAUGGAAAGGUAUGAUGAUGCUAUACAGCUGUAUGAUCGAAUUUUGCAGGAAGAUCCAACUAACACUGCUGCAAGAAAGCGUAAGAUUGCCAUUCGUAAAGCCCAGGGGAAGAAUGUGGAGGCCAUUCGGGAGCUGAACGAGUAUCUGGAGCAGUUUGUUGGUGACCAGGAAGCCUGGCAUGAGCUCGCAGAACUCUAUAUCAAUGAGCACGACUAUGCAAAAGCAGCCUUCUGCCUGGAGGAGCUCAUGAUGACAAAUCCCCACAACCACCUGUAUUGCCAGCAGUAUGCGGAGGUUAAAUAUACUCAAGGCGGACUUGAAAACCUGGAACUUUCAAGGAAGUAUUUUGCACAGGCAUUGAAAUUGAACAACAGGAACAUGAGAGCUUUAUUUGGGCUUUACAUGUCUGCGAGUCACAUUGCGUCUAAUCCAAAAGCAAGUGCGAAAAUGAAGAAGGACAACAUGAAGUGUGCGAGCUGGGCAGCUAGUCAGAUCAACAGAGCCUACCAGUUUGCAGGUCGAAGUAAGAAGGAAACCAGAUACUCUCUGAAGGCCGUUGAAGACAUGUUGGAAACUUUACAGAUCACCCAGUCGUAGGCAUCGCAGAUCUGACGCUGACG